UCUUUCGCAGCGCCGGGGUGGUAAUUUCCGGCUUGCUGAAGAAAGUUGAUCAGGGAAGGUCCUCUGGUUCCUGGAUUUUAAAAAAUGGAUAGCCAGGGAAGGAAAGUAGUGGUUUGUGACAAUGGAACCGGGUUUGUGAAGUGUGGCUAUGCAGGCUCCAACUUUCCAGAGCACAUCUUCCCGGCACUGGUGGGCAGGCCCAUCAUCCGGUCCACAGCCAAAGUGGGCAACAUUGAGAUAAAGGACCUGAUGGUGGGGGACGAGGCCAGUGAGCUGCGCUCCAUGCUGGAGGUCAACUACCCCAUGGAGAACGGCAUCGUGCGCAACUGGGACGACAUGAAGCACCUCUGGGACUACACCUUCGGCCCCGAGAAGCUCAACAUCGACUCGCGCAACUGCAAGAUCCUGCUCACCGAGCCGCCCAUGAACCCCACCAAGAAUCGAGAGAAGAUCAUCGAGGUGAUGUUCGAGACGUAUCAAUUUGGUGGUGUUUACAUCGCAAUUCAGGCCGUGCUCACUCUUUACGCUCAAGGUCUUCUCACUGGCGUGGUUGUGGAUUCGGGCGAUGGUGUCACGCACAUCUGUCCCGUGUAUGAAGGAUUCUCUUUGCCCCAUCUGACCCGACGACUCGACAUCGCAGGCCGAGACAUCACUCGUUACCUCAUCAAGCUCUUGUUGCUGAGGGGCUAUGCGUUCAACCACUCGGCCGACUUUGAGACGGUGCGCAUGAUGAAGGAGAAGCUGUGCUACGUGGGCUACAACAUCGAGCAGGAGCAGAAACUAGCGCUCGAGACCACCGUCCUCGUGGAAUCCUACACGCUGCCUGAUGGCCGUGUGAUAAAGGUGGGUGGGGAGCGCUUCGAGGCCCCCGAGGCCCUGUUCCAGCCCCACCUGAUCAACGUGGAGGGGGUCGGGGUGGCCGAACUGCUCUUCAACACCAUCCAGGCUGCAGACAUAGACACCAGAGCGGAGUUCUACAAGCACAUCGUUCUGUCGGGCGGUUCCACCAUGUAUCCCGGCCUGCCCUCUCGCCUGGAGCGUGAACUCAAACAGCUCUACCUGGAGCGCGUGCUGAAAGGAGACGUGGAGAAGCUCUCGAAAUUCAAGAUCCGAAUUGAAGACCCGCCGCGGCGCAAGCACAUGGUGUUCCUGGGCGGAGCUGUGCUGGCUGACAUCAUGAAGGACAAGGACAACUUCUGGCUGACGCGCGAGGAGUACGAGGAGAAGGGCGUACGCGUCCUCGAGAAGCUCGGAGUCACCGUCAGAUAAACCCACGACAACCAACGCUCCCCCAACCCCCCCCCCUCCCCCGACCCCAAUUGCCCAUUCUCCCCCCCCCCCAAAACUCGCCCACUGCUCACCCAUCAUCUCCCCCCACCCGUGAAGCACCCCUCUCACCCCAUCUGAAGGACCCACACCACAUCACUUGUCUCCAAUACAAUACAGUAAUGAAUAUAUGAAGAAGAAAAAUAAUAAUUUCACCUCUCACUACCCGCUUCGGUUUAGCCUCCUCUUUCACAGGUUCACACCAUCCUUAGAAGGAUAAAUGGGAAGAGAGAGGGAGGGUGAGAAAAGAGGAGAUGUUGGACUGUAGUGGGUGGUUUGGUGCAGGAUGAAGGUCGAUGUGAUGAUUUUGGUGGGGUAGAACCUUUGUCACUGUUCCCCCCCAUGUCUUUGGUUAGGGGGGACGAUGCCAUUUUUAGCCCUAGUAGUAACCAUAGUGAUUGGACAAACCAAAUUAACUCACCCAUGUCAUAUGAUGUCAUGUCAUGAUUGCCACGUGUCAUGCCAGCUCUGAUGCUGGGAUCAUUUUUUUAAUAGGCAGGCUUCUCCAAACGAGUGCAGGUUUUUCUUUCUUUUCCUGGUUUCCUCUCUCUUGCGCUCUCUCUCUCUCCCUCCCUUCUGUCUUGGCUGGCUGGCUUGUUGCAACCCAGUUGUGUUUGUUUGUCCUUUGUUGAGAAGAAGAUUUGGUGUGUGUGUGUGUCUGUAUGAGUGAGGGUGUGUGUGUGUCUGUAUGAGUGAGGGUGUGUGUGUGUGUGUAAGAGGGGGGUUUAUGGCACAGGUCCAUAUGGGUGUUUUGAAGUAAAAAGAAAAAAGAAGUGCGCUUUCUCUUUCCCCUGGUUUGGGUUUGAUGUCUUUGAUGGCCUCUGGUAGACCCCUCCCUGACCCCUGGAUGCUAUUUAAAACCAGCCACUGGCCAGUCCCCCCGCCCCUUAAAACAUCCUUAACUAUUCCAUAUGAGGACUGUUCUAUUUCUAUGUCAUUGUCUUUAUUAUUAUUAUUAUUAUUAUGAAUUUUGUAUCAUUUCUAUUCUAGGAGGGGAAUUGGUUUGUAUGUUUUAUUUUUUUCCUUCUUUUGGAUGAUGUAGAUUUUUUUUCUUUCUUUAUGGUCUUUUGUUUCUACUUUUUCAUAUGCAUUCUUUUUUUUCUCUUGCAGUGUAUUACUUCAUGACGUUGUGUCAGUGUUGGUUGCACAGAUGUUUUGUAAAAGUCACGUGUGCAUUGAGACAAGUACCUGUCGCACUCACCUUUUUCGAACGCUUUGAGAGAUUCCUCCAUAAUUGUUGUCUUCCCUUUUCUGAAAAUUGUGGACAUCUAUAAGAAGUCUUCAUAAGGGACUUGGAUACCCAGAUUAUGGUCUGGUGUCAUGGUAACGGUCAUUGGGGUGGGGGGUGGGCAGGGGUUAUAAUCAUACUGUAAGAAAAAGGACCUGGUGUCUUUGGGUAUGGAGACGUUUGGAAAAAAAUGAAAAAGGCAAUGUUCAGGUCUCUGCCCCUAUAUUGAACGUGUGUACUUCAUGGCACUUCAUACUCAGUAUAUAACUAUAUAUUAUUUUUCUCCCCGCUCCUUCCCGCCCUCCAAAAAAAGUUCAUCCAGUGCCAAGAGCAGUUAUUGUAACUGGAUAUUUUUUGUGUCGUUUUCAUUUUGUUGUUUUGUUUGGUUCAUAGCAUAACUGCCUAACGCUGAUUUAAAUAAAGAAAGUGAUUUAUAAAUUGUCACUUGUGAG